UGAUCCAAGCAAGAGGCCACUCACUCACUCACUAGCUAGAUGGAUGCACAAGUGCCUACCUAGACGGAUAGAUGCUCUAUAAAUGGCGACUGCACGCAACGUUUCAGUGCAUCCACCAAGUGUACACGCAUACACUAGCUACUACGUCUCACUUUCAGUGGCAACUGGCAAGUGAGUGUGGAGCGAUAGCAGCAAUGGCGGCCUCCUCGUGGCAAGUGGCCCUUCUCGCCGUCGCGGUCUGCGUGCUCCCGGCCCUGCCGGCGGCGGGCGCGGCCCGGGCCUUCUUCAUCUUCGGCGACUCGCUGGUGGACAACGGCAACAACAACUACCUCAUGACGUCGGCGCGCGCCGACUCGUGGCCCUACGGCAUCGACACCCCGGACCACCGCGCCACGGGGAGGUUCUCCAAUGGCAAGAACGUCGUCGACCUCAUCAGCGAGCAGAUAGGAUCCGUGCCGGUGCUGCCGUAUCUUAGCCCCGAGCUGGACGGCGAGAACCUGCUCGUCGGCGCCAACUUCGCCUCCGCCGGCAUUGGAAUCCUCAACGACACCGGCAUCCAGUUCGUCGAAAAGGUGUGACGACACCCGGGUGCCCCGGCACCCGGUUAUCCUGUCCGUCGAAUGAGUUAAAGAUUCGUGCCGUGUAGCUUUCAGGUACAGACGCUUGUACAGUACUAGUAUGAUUAGCAGGCUUUAUCAGAGAGACAAAUAGCGACGGGAGGAGAGAGGCAUGGCAGGAAUAGGCUCUGCAAGUAUAGGUCUGUCAGCCUCGGGAGGAGUGAGGCAUGUCAGGAAUCGGGCUGGAAAAGAUAUUGCUGUCCACGGGCGGUGCUUAUUGAGGUGACAACAGAGGGAGAACGAUGCAUGCGCACGGUUGCAUGACAUGAUAUCCCCUUGCGCACAGUCUGCAUCCCUUCUUUUCAUUUGUCACCAGUGUGAGCUUUCUUGGUCACCGGAGAGAGUAGCGGCCGGUGUGGUUCUUUCUAGCAGACAACGCCGCCGGCGGGGGAGUUCUGGGGGAGUUCUGUAUGUAUGAGAUGGGCAACGUCCAGCCUGGCAUUGCAAUCCACCUACAAGGGGAGGCAUCGUCGUCCGCUUCUUCAUCAGCGUCGACGGAGAGAUCUCAUGUUCUUUGUAAGCCGCCAGUGGCGGUAAGAUUUCUUGUUCUCAGAUGACAUAUCAGACGUCCAGCUACUCUGCAUCUCCCGCUGCAUCUAACACGCAUGUGGUCUGCAUAGUGCACCGGUAAGGGGUGCAUCUUUUGUGCGCGUGCUAUCACGGCGAGGUAUGCUGCUGCACAGAUAUCAACUCGAAGAAACAGAGAGCCGGAGGUGAACACGGUUGGGGAAGUAACACAACUGAUGGCGGAUGGAUUGGCCGGAGCAGAUGGCGGACGGCAUGUCGGGCAGGCAAGUGAGCAUGUCCAGCUGCACCAUCCGCCGGUGAGUCCCGCAGCUAGUCCGGCUGCUAGUCCUGCUGCAAUAUCAAGGACGCUAUGCACCGAGAAUGCGUGGCAAGUAGCAGUGAACCAAGACGUGGGGAGGUUGUAGACGACACGUCUCAUCGCCAGUGGCUCGUUUGAAACACCGACCGACACGUACAUCUACCUCUGAGUACUCUGGCAGGCAAACAUGUCAUAUCAUGUACCAAUAUUCAUAGGUUUGUAGGUCGGUGUAGGUGCGUAACAGUAGAGCUAUACUAGACUAGUUUAUGUUGAUUGCGUCAAACGGCCACCGUCUAAUCAAGAAACAGAUCUGUUAUUAUAUUCAUUGGUUAGAUAGCUUGGCACAAAUCUCAACGCAGCCAGACUGGACGAACGGUCCAGAUAACGGGGUGUCUAGACACCCGGGAUCUGAAAGUCCGGUUGUAGAGCGCAGCGGCAAGGAAAUCGCCGAAGGUGGCCUUGGUGGCAGCGGUGGCAGUGGAACAGAAGUCCAGUUCGUCUUCGUCCACGCAGACAAACCUUCUCUUUCUCCGCCGGCUGGCCAGCCUGGCGCGGAGGGCCGCCCGCCGAGCGCCUUCUCCUUCUUCCGCGCCUUCUCGGCCUCGGCGGCCGCCUUGGCGACCUUGCGCACGUCGGGGCCGUGGAUGAGGCGGAAGAGCAGCUCGGGGAAGUCCUUGAGGUAGCCGAACUCGGCGAGCGCGGCGACGUUGCAGGCGAGCGUCCGGGGGUGGUGCUCGUGCAUCCAGAGCGCGGCGGCGUAGAAGCCCUCCUUGUCCGACUUGCCGGUGCCGCGGACGCCGCGGAGGUUGCAGGCGAGCUUGAGCGCCGUGAGCGCGUCGUGGGCCCAGGCGGCGGCGAGCAGGCCGCGCACGCGCUCGGCUGGCGUGUCGGGCACCACCUGGAAGAAGAAGUCGACGCAGGGGUUGCCCGAGUUGGCGUACGUGGGCGAGCAGUUCUCCGUGAGCGCCCUCCACGGCGUCAGCGUCAGCGCAGGCGCCGCCUUGAUCUCCGCGUCCGACGGCGCGUUGAAGGCCGCGUCGAGGAGGUCGAGGAAGGGGUGCGACGCGGGGUCGGCGGCUGAGUCGGCGGGCGGGCGCGCGCUGUGCACUACCAGAGGGCCCAAGAGGCCGGGCGGUGCGGCGGGCUCCGUCUCGAUCGCCAUGGUUUCGUUGGAGGGGUCGAAGUCGAACUCGGGGGAGGGAGGAGAAGAUUUGGUGGGUUUCGUCGCGAUCGAUCUGGUGGCUCGUUGGCUAUAUGGGUGGGAGGGAGGAGCAACGAGGGCGGAUCUGGGCCGUCGUUUGAACCGACAUGGCGGAUCGACGUGCUAGAGGAGUUCAACUUUCAAACCGACUUACUCGGUCUUUAUGCCUAGCAAUUUAAAAGUUUUCUUAAUUGUGGAUGAAAGAAAUAAGGCUAUAUGCCUUUUUUUGCGGGAAAAGAAAUGAAGGCUACUUAACUCAGGGGAGGAACAUCAUGAAUGCAUAUAUCAAGCCACAAAUAACGGAUGGGAAAUUCUAGAGGGCCUUUACUUUGUACAGAAAACACUUUCAAAAAUGUAAUUCAGGUAAUUGUGAUUACUACUAUAUUUUUUUAUGAAAAAUAUCAUAUUUAUUGUAAAAAUACACCAAAUGUACAAAUCAUCUCAAACAAAAUAAAAAUUACAUCAAGGUUCCAAGACAAAGGAACGACCCCUACUCCGUCCAGAACGCGCCGCUGUCGCCGCUCCCUUAUCGGAGUCGACUUGACCUUGUCAAUGACAACCGAAAAGUCUUGAUGCACAUGCCCCUAAGGAUUAGUGCGCCAGAGCUGUAGUCGUCACCGUUUAAUCCUUGCAUAGAUAUAAAACACGUGACACCAAAUCUCGCCCCGUGACGAGAAACCUAACCUCAUCACCCUAAGGAAACGGUAAGAAUCUACGCCGAGACUUCGUCGACUACGUGCAAACAGGCGAACUCAAGGAGGAUCGAAACCCGAAAGAUAAACUCGAAGAAGAAGCACUGCCGUGUGGGCCCGGUUCCGCGAGGCACUGCAUCAAACUAAUUCGAAGGACCCGGGUCCAGGUCUAGGAGUUAUAAAGACCGGGCAACUCAAAAGGCUCGGACCUAACCAAUUUCUCGGUUGGAUCGAACCCAUAUGUGCAAUGGUCUUGGCGUAGAGGGACGUGCAUCACCAGACCGACUCUGCUGUCUGUUGCCUUUGUUAUUAUGUGUUGCUCUUCCCUCGCCGCCCAUGCCAAUGUUCACGCCUGGCUUCUUCGGUACCGAGAUCUUGUGCAGUUGUGGCCAGUACAAACAGCUGCUUGCCAUGAUCUAGAGGCAAUGAUCUGUGGUUGUUAGCAUAUCCAUUGGUUCUUCGCGUUCAUUCACAUAUAUAUUUUUAUUCAUGGUAAUGUCCUCUAGGGAUAAUACAUACAAUGAACAAUAGUUUAAGCAUGCCAUCCAGAGCUUGCUUAACUUUCUAGCUGCAGUUGGUCUUUGCACCAUAGGCAACUGGCUUUGUGUCGGUCGUCUGCCAAGUUUGCCAUGUCUACCCAAACCGAUUGCGCACGCUCAAGUUACGUUUCUCAUGAGUGGACAUGGCUUGGUCUUGUUUAUGGGGUGCAACAGGUGGAAUAGUUCAUCUUCCCAUUUGGUUGCAUUUAUUUGGCUGUAAUUGGUCUUAAGACCAAUGGCACAGUUGCUUCGCUUGUUGCUCAUCAUUCGUAAAAGAUGUUCAUAAGUUACUUCGUUUCUUGGCUCUAGUUGGGCUUUGCGCCAAUGGUGCAACAUGUCAUCUAGUAGUCAAGAAGAGAUGCCACCACCGCAGAUGCGCUGCUCACAGCAGAACCAGACUUGCAACCUCACCAUGCAAGGUUGCCGCUCCCGCAUCCAAGAUGGAGGACCCAUCACCAACAUCUCCGAUAGCUGCCCACACGACAGGAGCCCCACCUCAGUCGGGGCAUAGAUUGUAUGAACCAGCCAGCAUAGUCGUUGGGAAGCCCUCGAAGAUGGACCGCCGGAGCGAAGGGCCUCCAUGGGACAGAAUCAGUCCAACCCACAAGUCCCGCACAACCUAACCUUAGAUCCACUACACCGGUCGAGAACCCUGCAUGCCGCUGCAGCCGCCGCCAGCCAUGGCCUAACCCAAGCACCCCUGCCCCGUGUAGGCAAGGAUACCGCCUCAUGCCGCCCCAGGAUACUGCAAUGGGGGUAGAGGAGGAUGGCUAUUUCCACCCCAGGAUGCUAGAACCCGUGUUUGGCAAUGCGGGACAUCCUAGUGGAUAUGCUAGGGCUGCCCCAGCAAUGUCGGAACAACAUAUUGAAUAUGGCUGGGGACUGCCCUCGUCGAUGGUGGACCCAACAAUUUGGGGUGCUGGGACCAGCAUCACGUGAUGCUACAAAAGGGGAUGGACUGAGCUGCAACCGGUGUCGCGUGAAGCUAUAUGACCGUGGUGCGGCGGUGCUACAAGGGUCGAGGACAUUUUGCGUAGGAUGCAACAUCCACGGGCUGGUGGAACUACAACCACAGUCUGGCAAAGCUACGACCGCAGCCCGCGAAGCUACGGGAGGUGCUGACGUGGGGUGGGUACUUUUUUUUUGAAAGGAACACACAACAUUCCAUUAAUUAACUUAACACGUUGGGCAUAUCGCCAGCUACAACUUCUGUUACAAACUCCGGGAAUUGGCCCAACAAGGUUUCUAGACGACCAUUCCUCAUACACACACCAUGCGCAGCUAAAGUGUGCGCCACUUGGUUACAUUCUCUACUACAAUAUUCAACAGCUACAACAUUUAAGCCCACACGCAUUUGAAAUUUAACAUCCUGAAACAAAGAGCCUAACUCUGAGAGAUCAUACUCUGUAGUAGUGAUAGCCUGUUUUAGUACCAUUGAAUCUGUCUCGAACAUCACCUGAUGGCACCCGUGGGGUGGGUACUUCAACCGUGGGCAAGCAAUUCCUAAAGUCUAGCGACGACAGUGGCCAAUGCUCUGUCGAAGGAGGCGCACACUGUGCAAGCCCUGCAACAGUGGUGCUGCAACAUCCAAUGGUGGGGGCGAGGGUGAGAUCCAACCGACUGCUGCAAUCGGCAACCGCGCGCGCCGAGGAGCUCGUCGACAGGGUGUGAUGUGGGGUCGAUGGCCGCGACGCGGCUAGCUCACUGGGAGGGUGCACGGAUGCAACCAUGGUUGCCUGGCGUCUGCAUGUGAGGGACAUGCACCAUGCUUUUCCAGAGGACAAAGUGAAGUGGUGGAGGAGGGGGAGGGAUAAGGGGAACGAUCGACUACGAUCACGAAUGAUGCAUGGUGCGACCAGCCAAAAUUUUACCCGCCUUCUCAUAAUAUAGGAUGACCCCUAUAGCCUAGUUCACUCAUUCAGCUCAUACGAUGACCAUUUCUUGAUGAGUAUGAGGGCACACCAAUUUUAAGGCUAGAGGGGGCAUAUAUAUGUGGAAAAUUUGGAUUGUUUUUGCAAGUUCCUCCCAUCUUUUUUUUGAAAGCAAUUUCCUCCAAAAAUUGGAAACAGCGUCUUAAUCAUAAUAACGAAAAUUCUAUUGGAGUCGUGUCCGGAGAAAACACGUAAAGGACAUCACCGCUGUGUACGAGGAAGCGUAUACUGAGCUGAACUACGUAUUCGUUGGUUGAACGACACAUAAAAAGAAAAAGGACGGCGCAUACCCGGACUCGUACUCGGUUUACUUUCUCAUCGUCUUAAUGUAGUCUCCUCCCAGGCAAUCAACAUUCUUAUUCAUGGUGAUGCAACUGCAACGCCGUCGCGGUUCCAUCCAUAGGCAUAACCAAGUGAUGUCCUGCGGUGCCAGCGCGAGCGCCACCACGCGCCUCCCGCGAGACGUGAUCGCCAGCAUCCUGAUCCGCCUCCCGGCGAGCGACCUCCGCCGCUCCCGCCGCGUCUGCAAGGAGUGGCGCGAUGCCAUCUCCGAUCCAUCGUUCAUCAAAGCGCACAUGGCGCACGGACCACGGCCCCCAACCCACACCGUCGUGUUCGCGGCCUCCUCCGAGCAGCGUGCCGGCCGCGCUUUCCUCUUGGACGAGCAGUGGCGACUCACGGCGAGGUUUAACGCCGGCGAAUCACAGGUCCUGAUAGGGACGUGCAACGGCCUGCUCUGCUUCCACGACGAAAUCCAGGGCGCCGUCAAGGUCGUAGAACCCUUCACCGGCGAGUCGAUCGCCGUUCCGGUGCCGAAAGAACCGGUGUGGAGCCGCUGCGCACUGCAGUACUGCUUCGGCUACGACGCCACCACUAGGCAAUACAAGAUUGUCCACAAAGGCUACCAGCGUCAGCUGAAGGUGUUCACCGUCGGAGCAGACGAGGAGUGGAGGACCGUGAAGAUCGCCCAUGCCUCCUGGUACGAGUACGGCCCGGCGUGCAACGGCGGAGCCGUAUACUGGAGUUACGAGGACAAUGAUCACGGCGGGAUCCUUAAGCACGCGCGCUUCGACCUGGCGACGGAGGAGAUCACGUCGGUCGAGAGCCGGCGGGUGGACAGUCAGCCGAUCAUUUGCCAUCAUUCGUGGUGGCAGCGCGGUGAGCCGUGCAUCAUCCAGAUAAGGUGGUUGGUCGGUGACGGCGGUGAGUCCACGGGCGGCUAUUGGCCGCAUAACAUGAACCCAUGGCGUACGAGGUCGAUUUCGUCCACCUGACGGCCGGCCGGCGCCUCCCAGGGCCGCAGGCCCUGCAGCGGGGGCACCUGUUGAUGCAGGAGAAUAACGGGGCUCUGUACGCUCACCGGAUCAUGAGCAAAGGGGUUCACGGGCUUGAUCUUGGUUUGCUGAACGGGAUUGGCGUUCAGCGCAGCCGACGGUGGAGAACACAGCAGGAUAUAAGCACGUUCGCCUACGUCCCCACCGUAGCCCCAGCCCCCUUGGCGCUAUACGUAGGCGCACCUCUGGCCGGUGCACUUGGUGCUUUCCAUGUCCCUCCUGCUCACAAGUUGCACAAUGUUAAACAGGAAUGAAUGGUCAACAAGAAAAUAGACCUUGGUUCUACUUCAUCUCUUCAACAACUAAUAUAUUCAUUUGAGUUGGGGUUUACGAGUUCCUUUUACUACUGUUUGUACAUUUGUACCCUUAUGAUUCAUCCGUUGGUUUGACCCUGGUAGGUAAAUACUCUGUUUCAAAUCACGUUGUAUAUUAGGUCUCGCUUAUGACAAGUCUUUGACAAAUAGUAACACUUUUCAUAUGUAAGUUUUGAGAUUUAAAGUAAAAAAUGAAUAAUAAAAGAAGCAUUUUGAAAUACUCUCGCCGUUCCUAAAUAUAAGUCUUUGUAGAGAUUUCACUAUGGAUUACAUAUGGAUGAAUAUAGAUGCAUUUUAGAGUGUAGAUUCGCUCAUUUUGCUCCGUAUGUAGUCCAUAGUAGAAUCUCUAAAAAGACUUGUAUUUAGGAACGGAGGGAGUAUAUAUGAAUCUAAUGACAUUAAUUUCAUAGGCUUCCUUCUCUUGUCUUAAUUGAUACCUUAAUUUGGGUUACUUCAUAUAGCGAAAGAAGAACCGACUCUCUUCGGAGGACUCACGGUUGAGCAAAGACAAGGUCAUGAUCUUUCUUGAAAUUGGCUUCCGCCCCACUUUACAAAUUAAGUCAAUAUCACGUCCAUACAAGAGUUACAAAUUCAACAAGAACACGGACACACCCAAGGAAAGUAUAAAAAAUUAUAGAAACAGACCACCAAGCUAAGUGGCCACAGAUGGGGCCUACUAUGAGGCCAGGCUGUCAGCGGCAUCAAAAUCAUCCAAGAAACACUCAUUCUAUAAUCCCCCUCCCGGUUUAUUUUCCCGCGCAUCACUAGUAACACGGAUGACAAGGAACGCCCCCUACAUAACGCAUGUGCACUUAAGCUCCCCGUAGUGGGUAGUAUCAUAAGUUAUUAUCACACAUAUGAUAUUAGUUUAUAAUACUACCUCCGCAAUGCAUAGUAUCAUAGAGUAAUAUGCAAGACAUAUAUUAGUACUGUAUUUAUUAUGAUAUAGUAGCAUGGUAUGAUACUCAACCCUCUCUUUCUUUAUUACUAAUUCUAUGUUACCUCAUCAAAAUUGCCUAAUUGGCAUGCAUGAUACUAGCUAUGGUACUCUCGUUGCGGGCAGCCUGAAAUUACUCUGGCGCGAGCGGGGCAUAGAAAUGGGCACGACAAAAGAGGAAGACGUAGACCGUAUAGGAAAAAAUUGAAAAGAAAUUAAGUGCAGAGAAAAAAAGGAAUGGAGGGAGUACACGACAAAGCCGGAGAAGGUCACUUUUGAGUGCAAGUGGUUUUAUCACAUGAUGGGAGCAUGAAACUCCCCUAAGUUAUGUACCAUCAAAUGAAGACGUGGAUUUCGCUAGCCUCAUUGAAAGAACAUCCACCCCUAAGGAGGGUUUUGGUAUUAAUGACAAUGUUGAUUAAACAACUAAUUAUGCUUCGAGUGUGUUUUUUGUAUACACAUCAUGGAACGUAAAGUUGGUCGGCAACCUCCCUAAGCUAAAAGGAUAAAAGAAGACGACAUGUCGGUUUUCUAUCGAUGAUAUACCCUUUUGAGUCGUAGGUAUGUCGUACUAUUAAGAGGGGAUACACCAUAAAUCCUAUGUGGGAAUCUUGAAGAAAACAAAGCCAUGACCAGCCAUAAUGUGGACGAGCACCAUGUUUUUCACAUUUUGUGUUGUUGUCGUUCUCUGGAUUAGAUCGUAUUAUCCGACUUAUGUCAGACUAUUCGACAUAUAUUCCGACCUCGGGUCCAACUUUGCCCAGUGUCUCUGGAUAGUGUUGGAUACAAUGUUGGAGGCUAGGCCAGAUAAUCCGACAUGUCAGAUGUCCGACUACUUCUCUGCGUAGUGUGCAUAACGGGGCAAAAAUCUGGUGGAACUAUAUAAGCCACCCUUUUCUCCAAAGGAGGGUGACGACUGACAACUCCUACUCUCUUUCCUCCAUUGAUCGAAAGCUUAAACUUGGAUUCCUCCCUCUCUAGCCUCUAGCACUCAAUCCAUUCCAUAUUUUAGAGAGAGCAAGAGGAACACCCGGUCUACAAAUCCAGCAAAGCAAAACUCAAGUUCAUCGAUUCCCCACGAGGUCCUUGAUAAUCUUGUUAUUCUUGGGUUGGUGGGGACCUAGGCAAUUAUUCAGGAGACAAGGACGGUGAGCAGCAACGUGGAUUGGAGCAUGCAAGGCAAGAUGGGCUUCUAGAUUUUUUCCUUUUAGUUUCUCGAUUGGGCCUUUCUGAAUCAAACUUUGUACGAUUUAUUGUUGCUUUCCUUGUCAUCUGAAUACAUAUACCCCCCCCCCCCCCCAAAAGAAAAAGUAAAUCACUCCUCCAACUAUUAGUGUGAGUACUUGGACGUUUUUUUUUUCAAAUUUCUAUUGAAGUUGAAAAAAAUAAUAUAAUACCAAGGUGGGGGAAAUAUAGUGCUUAAAUCUAGGUCAAAAUUUAGUAUGUCACAUGUGCUUCUCAAAAUGUUGCAUAUGUGAAAAAGCGCACGAUUUAGGCUGUGAUGAUUUUGAUGCGCUUUGGAUUUACUUAUUGUAUAGGUGCAUAAAAGUUGUUUCACAUGUAAAUUGUAAUACUUAUUUUCUUCAUUAGGUGCAUCCUUGUUUCACCAACAACAAUGCCAUGAUAAACUUGCUAAGUUAGAUAAUACCCCGCGCGUUGCUGGGGAAUUGAUUGUUUUAUAUUUCAAUAAAAUUAUUGUGCAUGGAAAAUGAAUGUUUGAAUUAAUAAUAUGAGAAUUGAAAUUUAAAAUACAUAUGAUUUAUUGUAUUGUAUAGUUGGAAAAUAAUUAUAUUGAACAUAAGUAGCAUAAUGCAAUCAAAAUUCUCAUGCAUGGUGGCAUGUUGAAGAGGGUCAUUUCUGAGAGAAUAUCACAUGGAAACUAGCAUUCAAAGAACACUUCGUGAAAACCACAUUUAAAAUUUUGGAAAAAAAUCUGAAAAAAUACUGGAUGUUAAAAGGGUGAUGUUCUAUUGACAUGCAAAAUUUCAAGUUGAAACAAACUACGGGAUGUGAGCUAUAAAAAAACAAAUUCAAUGAUGAAUAGCGAUGUUACACUACUGGAAUCAGCAGAUUUGCCGUCUGCCGACUCUUUGCCGUCAGCUAGCGGACAACAAAGAAAGGCUUUGCCAUCAGCUACCAGAAAGCGGACGACAAAGAGGCAGCGGGCGUCAAAGGUAGGCUUUGCCAUCAGCCAUAUCUUUGUCGUCUGCUAGCUGACGGCAAAGAGGGCAGGUGGUGGGCUUACGAGAACGACCUAAUGGGUUGUUUCUUUGCCGUCUGCUGGCGGACGGCAAAGAUGGCAAAUAGAAAGCACACCACGCGGAUCGAUCACACGGAUCAAUGACAUGGCACGAUCUGCUCCACACAUGCAUCUCCACAACGCAAAACUGAUGCGGCCCAUCCCACGCCCCCACCACCCACUCUCUCUCCCUUAUCCUCCUGAGAGCCACCCACACCACGAUCUGUCUCCCUUCUCUCUCGUACGCCUCUGCUCUAGACCCAGAACACCGGACCCCGCUCUCCGUCUCCCGUUGCCCCAGUCGGCCGCCGGCCCCGGCCCCGUCGCCCCCUUCCGGCCGCCACCUCGCCCGCCGGCGCCGGCCCCUUCUCUCUUCGGC